AUGUCGUUUGACGGUUUGGGUGCAGCACAGCCGACGCAGCAGUUUUCGCUGUGUGAUUUAGAAUUAUCCGAUGAUGGCUCUUCGUCGGUAAUUAGUGAGUCUGAAAAAUUUCAAGGAGCCAAGCAGCGACAGGGCUCAUCGACACCGUCGAUACAAACUCCUCCAUUUGCUAGCAGUGGAUCACAACGUGCGCACAGCUCACCUCUGCUAGCUUAUCCAGUGAGCAUACGCCAGCAAUUAGCUAUUAUAAAACAGAUGGAGCAGCCAAUCCCAGUAACGACGGACUCGUCUUCAAUCAGCUCGCAGUUACCUCAAUCAAGCAGUGCGUCACCUGGCUUAUCAAGAAAGCGUAUUUCGAAGGUUCAUAAAAAGAAUGAGCGUGGAGAAACACCAUUACAUGUAGCAGCACGUAAAGGAGAACACCGAUUGUGCAAGAAGUUAGUCGAGGAAGGUGCAUUUGUUAAUGCUCGGGAUUACGCUGGUUGGACUCCCUUACAUGAAGCAUGUUAUCAUGGACAUUUCAAAGUUGCUAAACUUCUUCUCGACUACGAUGCAGACGUUAAUGCGCUGUCAGACUGUGAUGAUACUCCUUUACAUGAUGCAGUCACGAGUGGAAACGAAAAGUUAGUUUGGUUGUUGCUACAUUCGGGUGCAAUUCGUGAUCGUGUUGAUAAUGAUGGAAAAAAGCCGAUUGAUAUCUGUCAUUCAGAAUAUAGUGGAAUACGGAAUCUUCUCUCCACGGCUGUCAUACCGGAACUAUAUCCAAUCGACGAGUCACCUUCUUUGAGUCCGUCUAGUCCAAGUCACACAGAAGGUCCUUCCCAGAUGCUCACGGUAAAUGUAAUGCAUCUCACUCCAGAAAAGCAUUGCUUGACAUCAUCAAAUAGUGAUGAUUCUGUAACCAGUGCAGAAAUUUUUCCGAGAGAGAGAAAUAAAGGAAUCAGUGAAGAGCUGGGAAUGCAAUUGCAAGGGUCAUGUAGCCAACCGAUGAAUGGAGGAGGCGAUACAGAUAGGAAUACAAAGGUUUUCGAUUUUAACAAUAUAAUAUCAAGAGAUGAAGAAGUGAAAGCCGUAAUUCGUCAUGAUUUUGACGAGAUCGAUCUCCCAUUUCCCAUGCAUCGUUCAUUAUGGCCUGAAGAAAGAAGUGAAACACUGAAAAGCGUUGCAUUGCAUACUGGUUCUUCGCCGUACGAAUUUGACCAUGAUUUAACAUCAUCGCAUCUUUCAUUUGAGAAUACUUGCUUUGGAAUAAGUGAAUCAAAGGAAGCGGAAAUUCACCAUCUUGGACGUCAUCGUGGCAUACACACUGAAUGUUUUUCUCCCCAAUUUACCAUUCAAAAAUCAGUUUGUAAUGAAAAACGUAAACAAAGAGGUCGAAGACGAGGACGAGGUAUCUCUACAGCUGCAGGUUCUGCAACUAUUACAAUUCAAACAUCUCAGUCCGAUGAUGUGUAUGAAUUUCGCAGCAGUCCUGAAUCCGAUGUAGGUGUAAAUAAAACAGGAUCUGCUGAAGAUAUGGAACGAGAACUGAGCGAAUCGCCGAGUCUGAAGAGGCAGCGAUUUAGUCAGACUGGAGCCACCACUACGGCCUCUUUCACUUCGACUACAAUUUCGUCUCAAACAAGUACUACACAAGAAGAUAUAUCCGUAAUGGAAAAAGAAGUUUUGGAUGUGAUAUCAAAUUUAUCUGAUCUGACGGAUGAAAAAGCUGAUGCAGCGGUUGGUCGCAAGGUACCUCCGCUUCGCAUAUCCUUACCCCGUACACCCACCGAAGAUGGUAUAGCAAGUGCUACGGAUGAUAUGAUGUCAGUUACGACGAAUACUGUAAGACGAAAUACUAGAAGUACCAAAAGUCUUACUCGCAAGCAUCAGAGCCCUGAACCAAGUAUCAGCAAUAUUUGUGAUGAGAGCAUACAACGAGUUACAAGAAGCAAACUUCGACAAUCCGGAAGACAACUUCGGGAUCAUCCUGCAGUCAGCUAUGAAACAUCAGCAAAGAGGAAAUCAAGUAGUUGGCGACGUAGUUCUACAACUACUGCAUCACCAAUGCCCCCAUCCUCAGCGGCAACUUCCGAUGAACAGACGACUUCUAGCAAUGAUGCUGGCGAUAGAGCUGACGGCGAUGAAAACUCACAUUUGGAAGCGACUGCACAGAAGGAUGAUGAAAAUAAUUUAUUGGCUUUAUCAUUAAUGAAGAAGAACAGUUAUGAAGGUUUUCGAAACUUCCGUUCUGUAAUUGAGGAACGCUGGGCCAAAGAUGCAACUGAACAGACUGUUAUUCCAGAAAGCCCACCCAAUUUUAAUAAUUACUUAAUUGUACAAGGAAAUUACACAUCAGCAAGUAAUCUAGGCUCUUUGUCAAUUCAGGAAAAAGUGGAUGCUGUGUUUAUGGAAAAGUUAACGACAAAACUCCAUAAUCUUUAUACUGAGCAGGACGAAAGAAGGCGAAAUAUGCAAAUUUAUCAUCAGGUGGAACGUGAACGACUAAGAAUGCAAGCAGAAAGCGAAGUAAUGCGUAUGCUUACACGAAAAGCAAAUGAACGUCAUGAAUCCUUCUCAACAAUGAGGAUGAUUCGAGAAACGAAUUUAUUCAACACCGGUUUUUUGGAAGUGAAACCAAAAAAGUUACCAGUAAUGGAAAUUUCGGAAGUCAAACUGAAGUAUGAGAAGUUAGUAGAAAUAAUGCGCAGACGACAGCAAAUGGAGGCGGAUGCGCUGUAUGCUGAGCAGGUAUUUAUAUGGAAUGUGGCAGUUCAGAGAAGCGAAGAUGCAACGUUGUUAAGUUUGAAAAAUGCCGUACCACGUGUGUUAGUUAGCUCGUUGAUUUUAAAUUUAUGA